AUGGCUUCCAUCAACAUCGAACGCAUCUUGGCGGCUGCUCCCGUCACAGCCCGAGGACAGGGAACGCAGCUGUCGGCAGACUCCAAGGGAAAGAGGAUCGCGUACGCAUCCGGCAAGUCCAUCUUCGUUCGGUCCAUCGACGAUCCCGCAGACUCCAAAGAAUACACCGGCCACACCCAUCCCACGACCAUUGCCCGGUUUGCGCCCAGCGGCUUCAAGAUUGCCAGCGGUGACUCGGCUGGUGUCCUGAGAAUAUGGGAGCCCGAGUCUGUCGAAACCACUCGGGGCGAGUACAACAUCAUCUCCGGCCCUUUGCUGGAUAUUGCUUGGGACGGCGACUCUCAGCGCAUCAUUGCCGUGGGCAAUGGCCGACAGAAGUUUGGCAAGGCCAUCAUGGCCGACAGUGGCAACUCGGUGGGGGAAAUUAUUGGACACACAAAGUCUAUCAACGCUGUUAGCAUCAUACCAAAGCGUCCUCUGCGUGCUGUCACUGUUGGCGACGACAGCAACGUCAACUUCUACCACGGAGUCCCGUUCGAGUUCAAGAGCGUCACGAACCUGCACACUGGCUUCGUCUUGAGUGCUGUCUACUCGCCCGAUGGGUCAACCUUUGUGACUGUUGGUCAGGAUAGACGGAUACAGUUGUACGAUGGCGUAACGGGCGAACCUCUCAAGCAGAUUGGCGAGGGAGAACACACUGGUAGCAUCUUUGGUGUUUCAUGGUCCCAGGACGGAAAGAAGUUUGCCACGGCCAGCGCCGAUCAGACAGUCAAGCUAUGGGAUGCCGAGUCAGGCAGUGUCAUUCAGACCUGGAAGUUCGGCGAUGGAGUCAGUGUGCGUGACCACCAGGUUGGAGUUGUCAUCCCGCACAGCCGGACAGACGGUCUCAUCAUCAGCAUCAGCUUGGCUGGUGAGUUGACUUACCUGCACGAGGGCAAGAGUGAGCCCGUCAGAGUCAUUCAGGGGCACGACAAGGGAAUCACUGCCCUGAUUGGCACCUCGGAUGGCAACGGAGUCUUGACUGGCAGCUUCGAUGGCCGUGUCUGUUCCUGGGACCUCGAGACCGGUGACGCAACUGUCCUGGAUGGCACCUCUCACACGAACCAGAUUGCCCAGUUUGCCGCUAGCUCCGGUAAGGUGUAUAGCGUAGGAUGGGACGACACUAUCAAGACGAUUGACGAAUCGGCCAAGACUUUCCUGGGCGAGUCAUCAAAGCUGCCUGGCCAGCCCAAGGGCGCAGCCUCGGUUGGCGACAUUGUCUACGUGAUUGGCGUUAACGGCGUUGCAGCUUACUCUAACGGCAAGCUGCUCAAGGAGACGGCCCUUGACUUUACGCCAGAUGCUAUCGCGGCUCAUGGAUCCUAUGUCGCCAUCGGAGGACAGCAGAAUACUGCGAGAAUCUACACUAGCGACGCCAGCGGCAACUUGGAAUACAAGGAGUCCGUGUCCAGCCCCCUCGGCACAAUCACUGCCCUGGCCUUCUCCAAGGACGGCAGUCACUUGGCCACGGGAACAAGCGUCGGAAAGAUUCUCGUCUUCAAGGUUGGAUCUUGGGAGCUCGUGACGGACCGCUGGUCGGCACAUACCGCGCGAGUCACCUGCAUCUCCUGGGAAGACACGGGCGCUUACGCCGCCAGUGGAAGCUUGGAUUCCCACAUCUUUGUCUGGUGCCUGGAGAAGAAGCUUCAAGGCCAGCGUAUCAAGGCACCCAAUGCUCAUCUUGACGGCGUGACGGGCAUCACUUGGGUUGCAGGCGGACGGUUGGCAAGUUCUGGAAAGGACGCGACCGUCAAGGUCUGGGAAGUCAACAACCUUCCUUGA